AUGGAGCAGGCUAUUGUCAUUGCCCUUUCAGCCAAGAACAAGCUUGGUUUCAUUGAUGGGUCUUCUACUGAGCCAACUGAUGUUUCCGCUCACUACGAGUCUUGGAGCAGAUGUAAUGACAUGGUAAUCUCCUUGAUUCUCAACUCACUCUCUAAGGACAUUGCUGAAUCUGUUCUCUACUCCCAAACUGCCAGAGAAAUAUGGAAGGAGUUAGAAGCCAGAUUUGGGCAGUGUAAUGGAGCUCAGCUGUACCAGCUCCAAAAGGAACUCAGUGAUGUUGUCCAAGGUACUUCAGAUAUAGCAAGAUAUUUCACAACGGUCAAUAAGAUCUGGGAUGAGUUAGAUGCCCUAAAUACCUUUGACCAUUGCUCUUGCAAGUGCACUUGUGGUGGUAAGCAGAAAACCCUCAAAGGGUUAAUGGGCUACCUUGGGUCGGACCUGUAA